AUAACUAAAGUUGACAUUCACUCUUUCAUUACUGGGGUUACUGGUAUCAUAGUAGUCUUACCUAUAGAAUGCAUAUGUUAUAUUUUGCUGUGUUAUGUGUAGCGUUCAAUGCUGUGUUUGGAGCCUACUCAUCUAAACCUAGGUGUGAUCAUAAAUGUUGUAUUGAAAAAUGUAAAGCAUGGACAGUAAAAUAUUGGCAACGAUUUUGUUUCAACGAACACAUAAAGCUAUGGUGCUAUCCAUACCAGUAUCUGAAGAUCAUAAAGGCACAGUAUGGAAAUAUCCCGUGUCGUCCUAGUAAUUAUGAGUACCACGGAACUCAAACUUGUGGACCUGCUGAUGCCAAAAUUUUGGCACACACAAAGCAUUAUUGCGACUACCAAAAUAAAUGUUAUGGUUAUGCAAACGGGAUGCUCAUGGCAAAGUCAUACUUAUUUUACCAUUCCUGUGGUUAUAAAAAGCCCUCCUUUUAUGUCAAAUAUGCUUGCAAAGCUAAAAAGAGUUUUUGUUGGAGUUUCUGUACCUGUAAAAAGUCCUACGGGGACCAAUAUUGUAAAAAGAAUUAUCACAAAUACUAGGAUAGUUACUCAGUAUGGUUGACAGUGUAGUAAACAAUUGUCAUAAAUUGUUGACAAUUAUUCGUCAAAAUCUGAUGAUAGAUAAAUAAAUAUUAUAUAUA